CAAACAUAUGUAUCUAUUUGACUAUUUCAUAUUAUAUCAUAGUCUAAUAACAUUGGCUAUACUAUACUAUAUAUAUAUCUCUCUAGAAUUUGCUCUCUGUUGUGUUCUUCUAAAAUGUUCACAUGAAGACGUCAAAUUCUAAAGCUUUAAUGGUGGAGCCUAGGAGGCAGAGAACAUUUAGAUGUAGGUUCCUUUGCAUGCUGUUUUUGCUUUCUGCAGGCUUCUUCAUAGGGAGUGCAUUUGUAGUCACAGAUUACAAAGAGAGGUUUUUGUCAAGGGGAUUCAUUGAUGCUAUGCAGAAUACAAGAUUGAAGACGUGUGAGACUCAGUGCAGGCCACAAGGAAGUGAAUCACUACCUAAGGGUAUUGUUUCCAAGACUUCUGACUUGGAAAUGCGAUCAUUAUGGGGCCCCCUGGAUAAAAAGAAAUCAAAGUCAUCGAUGAACUUAUUGGCUAUUGCAGCUGGGAUAAAGCAAAAAGAAAGUGUGAAUAAAAUUGUAAAGAAGUUUUUGUCCAGUGAUUUUGUUGUGAUGCUUUUCCAUUAUGAUGGCAUUGUGGAUGACUGGAGAGAUUUAGACUGGAGUGAUCAUGCCAUACAUGUUUCUGCCGUCAAUCAAACUAAGUGGUGGUUUGCCAAGCGGUUCUUACAUCCAGAUAUUGUGUCCGAGUAUGCCUACAUCUUCCUAUGGGAUGAAGACCUUGGAAUUGAAAAUUUUAAUGUUGGAAGAUAUCUUAAAAUUAUUAAAGAAGAAGGGCUUGAGAUAUCACAGCCCGCACUUGAUCCUAAUAUAUCAGAGGUGCAUCAUCAUCUCACAGCGAGAGAUAGCAGAUCAAAAGUACACAGGAAGAUAAACAAGUUGAUUGGAGGUGGAAGGAAGUGUGAUGCAAACAGCACAGAGCCUCCAUGCACAGGGUGGGUGGAAAUGAUGGCUCCUGUUUUCUCAAGAGCAUCCUGGCACUGUGCGUGGCAUAUGAUUCAGAAUGACUUGGUUCAUGCGUGGGGCCUGGAUUUUCAACUUGGUUAUUGUGCACAGGGUGAUCGAACCAAAAACAUUGGUAUUGUUGAUUCCGAGUACAUCAUCCAUUAUGGUUUACCCACGCUAGGGGGUUCAGUGGCAAAUAAGACUGAAGAACCUAAUCAAGCUACCCACGAUAUGAGCUCACAUAGUUCAGAGAAAUUGGAAGGAUCACUGUCACAUCAAUCCGAUAGUAGAACUGGGGUGAGAAAGAGGUCCUUUGUUGAAUUAGAGAUUUUCAAGAAUAGGUGGAAAAAAGCAGUAAAGGAGGAUUAUUGCUGGAUUGAUCCAUAUAAAAAACCACCCCAGCAAGGCAAAAGCUAGUUCAUAUUUUAGAACCUUGUUUAUUUCCUUGCAUAGAUAAGUUGAUUGCUGAAGACAUACACAUGAUGAUACAGUCAUUGACCUAAAGUAGUGGGAGGAGGACAGGAACUGCUAUGUAGAAUUCAAGUAGUGCUGAAAUACAUCUUCCCAAAUAUGGCCGAUACUUAGCAAGUUGACAUCGCUAAUAUGGUACAUAUUACUGUAUACAAGUCCUGUGAUCAUUAUCUUGUAAUUUCACUAUUCAUUAUUUGUGAGAAUUUGAAUAAAUACACAAAAUUUUCAAGAUUGCAAGAAUGAAAACCAAAUCAGUUUCGUUUU